GCGACUUGGCACUUGGGGAAUGGGAAGACAGGUCGCAGGCAGAGACAGAGACGGAGACAGAGAGAGAGAGAGAGAGAGAAAGGGAGUUUCCCGCCGGCUGCCUCUCUCUGGUUGGAUCGCCCCCGCUCGCCAGGGCAAGGGGGAAACAGUGGAAUGCGUCUGCGGUGUUUGGCUUGAAUAAUGGAAAUGGAACCGAACGUCGUCUCGCCAAACGUGAUGGAAACACGUGCUCUGCGAUGGAUGGUGUCGACUCACGUUGUUCCGUCUCAACGUGGGAUGAAGCAACAGCUUUGGUAGGUGAUGCACACAUGCCCCGCCCAAACACCGACUGAAUCGACUGAUGGGGGGCCGGGAGAACCCUUCCCCUUGCAGAAACGGAACCAGGAGAGUUGAAAAAAAGCGGAUACCGUUUCUUCCAUAGGGCUCCGCGGGGCUAUGCCAAUUCUUGACAUCAUGAGAGAUGCGAGAAUUAGGUUUUUCCUUCGUUCGGUCCCAUGAACCGUUAUGUGUGUCUUUUCAGGGGGUUUGAGAGGUCUGGAAUCUUGGAAAUUCUGCCCUUUUCCACAAAACUGUCCAGUUUUUUUUUUUCCAUUGGUUUCCCCCCUUUCACGUUUUGCUUUUCCUUUCGCUUAUUCCCUCGCUCCCCUUAUCUACUCUGCGUACCCAUUGUUUCAUUUCCAUUUUGUUUUAUUUGCAUAGCGCCGAGGUUGCGUCGUUUGUGGCUGUGUGUUGUGUUGUUCCUUGGGAAAAUGGCGCUGCACUGCUUCUUUGCUGCGGCGGUCGGCGUGCGGCUUACGGGCCGGUGCGGCUGGGCCGGAGAGGUCCGCGGAUCCACGGCCUUCUCCAUGGUAGCAGACCGUUCAAGGGAGAGGGGGAGGGUUGGAGACCAAACACUAAUUAGAUUACAAUAACCUACCUGAGUUACCACACAUCCAACUCGGGCAACCUGCGCUACCUCGGAACCUAGUGUAAAAAUAACAGCAAAUGGCGUGGCACGACAACUCCAUGGGAACAAGGCUUCGGUCCGGCUAAGCUCGCGACGCCGUUCGGGAGCAUGACGCCUCACACGGGGGCUCGGGGCGCCUCUCGCCUCUCAGCUUUCACUCCCUUUUUGACCUUAGGGUGUGCUUUGGGUUUUCUUCCUCUCUCUCCUCCCUUCCUCUCUCUCUCUCUCUCUCUCUCUCUCUCUCUCUCUCUCUCUCUCUCU